GGGAGCCAGGAAUACCUUCAGACGGAUUUCAAUAAGGCCGUGCGACUAACUGGGAUGUCCUUGGCAGGUGGCUGGCCUCAGUUCGUCACUACAGUUCACGUAUCAUACAGCAGAGAUGGAAAGACGUUCGAAUAUAUCAAAGACUAUAAGGGUCAGAAACUGGUAUUUUCUGCUGUACCAGCAAAAUGGUAUGAUGUGCGCUCAUCCUGGUUUCCUAAACCGAUACUGCUGAAAAUAGUACGAGUUCACCCGGUUACCCAUUCCGGCUGGCCUUGUUUGAAAGCAGAGUACCACGGGUGCGACCCAAAUAGCGGAAGUACUAUGGAUAACUUCAAGAUCCACACCUCAUUAGAAUUUGACCCGCACAACUAUGCCAAGAACAAGUUCACACUGUGCCAUUCACAGAAAGAUGAAUUUCCGCCAGCGUAUAUCAAGCCUUUCUAUUGCAAAGGAAGACCACUAGCACGUUAUGUCUCUCUCGAGAAGACUAGCGCUGGGCAGAUCACACCACUGAAAUUCUGCGAGCUGGAGGUGUAUGGGGAACUGUUUGAUGGUAACCUUGCCUAUGGUAAACCAUCUGUCCAGAGCUCGACUUACUGGCAUUACAAUGCAGGCUUAGCUGUGGAUGGAGACAGACGCUACAACUUCACCAGGGACGCAUCCUGCUCGCAGACACUGGCGGGGAACAACCAGCAGAACUGGUGGAGUGUUGACCUUGGGGUGACUGUGGAUGUUGGGCGGGUGGUCGUGGUCGUGCAUCGUGAUUGCGGCUGCGAGUGUUUGCAGAAGUUUGACAUUUUGAUAACGGACCAAUUCGAUCCAAAGAACGUGGAAAAAAGCAAUUACAAGUCAUGCUACAGCCAUCCAAGCGCUUUACAGUAUGGCCAGGUGAAGAAGAUAUACUGCGGACCGGCAGCGAAGGGGCGUUAUCUGGUGAUUCAAGUCCCGGGCUCGGUACCAUUGACGCUUUGUGAGGUGGAGGUGUACGAGAGGAAUGAUUUAGGAGAUAACCUUGCCUUGGGAAAGCCCUGCAGUCAGAGUAGCGAUGGUGACUCGCUCAUAGGGCUUUGUGACCGGGCGAAUGAUGGCAUGAGGCUGACCAACCUGAACCACGGCUCCUGCACCCUGACUGGCAGUAAAAUGACAGAAUCAUGGUGGCACGUCGAUCUGUUGUCCAUCUACCAGAUCAAGAAGAUUGUGAUUGUUAAUCGUGGGGACACAUUGAGUGACAGACUUAAAAACUUCAACGUGAUUAUCACAAAGAUUUUCAUCCCAUUUGAACUGAGCAAGGUUCCGUCAACACUCUGCUUUUCCCAGCAUGCGCCUCUCAAGCCGGGCGAGAUCAAGACCAUAUAUUGCCCGAAUCGACCAAUAGGAAGGCAUGUUACAAUCGUCAAGCAGCAAGGACAAAUCGCUGAGCCGCUUACAUUGUGCGAGGUUGAGGUCUAUGGAACACCAUCGGAAAACAACCUUGCCUGGCGAAAGACGGUCUAUCAGAGCUCCGACUUGUCCGAACCAACAAAACACAAAGCUGUUGAUGGACUUACAAGUCCGAGCUUUUUUGACGGAUCGUGCGCUACCACCUCUUCCAGCCUGGCCAGGCAGUGGUGGAGUGUGGAUCUUGACAAAACUUACAAAAUCGACAGGGUCGUCAUAACAAAUAGGGCAGAUUGUUGUGUCGAACGACUGCGGACCUAUCGCAUCAUCGUGACCUCCUCCCUCAACCAGAGGGACAUCUUAGCCUCAGCCUACAACCUCUGCAGCGACAAGAGAAGUUCCAUGGGCGGAGAUCUUAUCAAGGUGAAAUGUAAACCUGGGGCACGUGGUCGAUUUUUGACCAUUGUUAAAGACGACACCUUAGGAGAGCCACUGACUUUGUGCGAAGUCGAAGUAUACGGAAAAGAACCUACAUUGCAACCUGGUACGAAUUUUGCUCUGGGCAAACCAACCACGGACAGUAAUCCAUACACAGUCACCUCUGAUGCCGCAGUCGACGGGGAUAUCGGAACUGAUAUCAGCAAGUGUUUCGUUACCCCCGGGGUCGACGCAAAGGAAUGGUGGAUGGUCGACGUAGGAGGUGUUGUUGGUGUGAACAGUGUUGUGAUAGCUACAAGCACGACAUCAGACAAGAAAACGAUGGUCCUCACGAUAUAUCUUGUCCACACUUUCUCGUCAAGUGUCCUGAGCUCGUUAGGCUUGAAAAUGGUAAUCGCCACAACAACUGCACCACCAGCUACGAACGUUACCACUACUACAGUGACACCGGUAACGACGGCGAGUAGUUCUGGCCCGAUCGCAACAACGCCAACACCAACGCCGGGAAGUGGGGUGAGAAUAUGUGGCCAGUUCCAGGGAGGAGCAUCUGGGGGCGAGUUUCUUUCCGUACCCUGUACAACUGGUUCAUCCGGACAGUACAUACUGAUUGUCAAGUCCAACGCAAUGGGAAGUCCAAUGAUUCUCUGUGAGGUCGGGGUCUAUGGCCCACCGGUAGUUAUACCGCCAACAACAACAACAAAGCCUACAUCCAAGUCUUCGUCAACUACUUCUGUCAGUCGGGCGCCAAUCAAGGCAAGGAAAAGAAGGGAAGCAGGCGAUGAUGAAGCACCUAAAUAUCAUCAUUACAAAGCGUUUGACUUCAACAUGACACGCACCUCCUUGUUUGGGGCCGGAUUUUUCACAGUGGUCUUGCUGGUGGCCGCGACAACUAUACAUUGGAGGACUUGUACUAGACGCGCCAAGGCUAACAAUUAA